GCAUGGGCGAAAUUCCAAGUUGUUUGUUGGGAAAGGAGAAAAAAAAAAUCCCAGCGUAUAAAAACCAACUAUAGAAAUAAAUAUCCUACUAAAGGAAAAACUGAAGGCGUUUGCUUCUAUAAAAGGAAAGUUAAAGAUUCACUCCUAGGAAUCCUCAAUUAUAUUUCCAAAUCGGCAUUCAAGAAGGAAAAAAAAAAAAAAAGCCCACUUAAAGCGAAUACGAAGUUGCUUCAAUCUGAAACAAUGGAUACCCACAAAAGGUUUAACAUCUCAUCCUCAAGCAAGCAACCACCUAAUAUCGCCAUCAACACAUCACCCAUCUUCAUUACUGCCUAACUAUAUGAUCUUUUGUUGUUAGCAGCAGCAGAAGAAGGAUUACUAGCUAGCUAUGGAGGAUUUUGUGGUGCAGAAUCUCUUCAAUGGUGGGAGAGAAGCACAGAUUCAGGCUGCUGCUCAACUUGGUAAACUUACUAGUAAGCAAAGGCAUAAAUUGGCUGAAAGAGGGAUCAUUUCCCCUUUGAUUUCAAUGCUUCAGUGCCAGGAUUAUGAAGCCAUUGAGGCUGCUCUUUUUGCUUUACUUAGCCUUGCCUUUGGAAGUGAAAGAAACAAGAUUCGGAUAGUGAAAUCUGGGCUUGUGCCUGUGUUGUUAGAGCUCCUUCAAUGCCAAAAUGGGACGCUGACUGAGCUCAUAAUGGCUGCUCUCUUAAUCGUCUCUUCUUGUGCAGCGAACAAAUUAGCAGUGGCAUCUUCUGGUGCUAUUCCAAUCCUUGUUGGAAUCUUGAGUGAAGACUAUGCAAAUGAUGACGAUGAUGAUGAUGAUACGACGAACACCAUUAGCAUGCAAGCCAAGCUUGAUGCUGUAGGGACACUCCACAAUCUCUCAACUUGUCAUCAGAUGAUUCCAUCAAUUGUUGCUUCUGGGGUAGUUUUUACCUUGCUUCAAAUAAUUCACAGCUAUGAAAAAUCGUCACAAUUUGUUGAGAAGGCAAUGACACUUCUUGAAAAUCUAGUGACUUUAUCAGAGAAUGCACUUCUGCAGACUGCCACUACAAGUGGGGCAAUUCGCGCAUUGGUUGAGACGAUUGAAGAGGGUUCGCUGCAAUGUAAAGAGCAAGCAGUGGUAAUUCUGCUGCUAAUAUGCCAGAGCUGCAGAGAGAAAUACAGAGGAUUGAUUUUAAGGGAAGGUGUAAUGCCAGGAUUGCUUCAGUUAAGCGUAGAUGGAACAUGGAGGGCUAAGGAUACAGCUCAAGAACUGUUGUUGCUCCUGAGAGAUUGCUCAGGUUAUGGCUCAAGAAGUAAACAAUCGAAGCAUGAACUUAUAGAGCAGAUUAUGCAAGAGAUUGAUGCAGAAGGAGAAAGAGUCAUGGGAACAACAACUCUUAGGAUGUUGGAAGAGAUGAUUGCUAAGCUCAGUACAUGAUCCAUAUUCAAAGUUGUGGAAGUUUUGCUCUGGUGCUUGUUUAAAUUAUAGGGAUUAUGUAUGUGUAGGAGUGGGAUUGGCAAUAGGGAUUCUUAAGCUAAUUUGGGGUGAUACAAUUCACCCUGUUGAUUGAUUCCUGAUAUUUAUGAUUAGAGACAUUCAUGGCAGAGGGUGAAUCAGUAUUGCUUUCA